AUGUUGUACCUGAAGUUGGCUCUUAUAAGUGGUCUUUUCGCUGCGCAAACUCAUGCUCUUGGGCCUACCCGUGCCAAGUCCUCUGUCGCCAAGCCUGGGUUGCUGCCGCCUACCAAAUUUGACACCUUUGGAAAUGCCAUUGCAACAGUGACAACGGUCUUGGUGCCACACAAUGCGACCAAUACCAACUUGUUGUCCUAUCAAGUCGCCGAAGAUGCCGCCAACCCGAACUGCUGUCCCUCGUACGUGUUCCAGCAGGGAAGCGAGACUGGCGGCCCCGGCGGCGACAUCCUUGCGUUGACCGAGGUCGAAAUCAUCAAGAGUGCGGUCGAAAUGAACUGGUACAUUACGAUUCCCGACUACUUGGGGCCCAAGGCUGCAUUUCUCGCAAAUACCUUGGCCGGACACGCCGUCUUGGACGGAAUACGCGCCACCCUUGCCUCGUCCAGCUUUACAGGCCUUGCACAAGACCCUUUGAUCACAAUGUGGGGAUAUUCUUCCGGCUCCUUUGGGUCUGGAUUCGCUGCUGAGCUUCAGCCGACGUACGCACCGGAGCUGAAGAUUAUAGGGGCGGUCUUGGGCGGCCCCGUCGCAAGCAUCCUCUCUGUGCUCUCCGCCGUCCACAAAAGUGUUUACGCCGGCCUGAUUGCUGUCGGUAUAUUAGGUCUUGGGAACGAGUAUCCCGAGGCUGCUUCUCUGAUUGAGGACCAGGUGCUUCCGGAGAAGAAGGCCAAGGUCGACGGAGUGAGAAGCCUAUGUAUCGGCGCUGUCUUUGCAGAGUUUCUCUUUGAGGACGUCUUCACGUAUUGCAAGGACCCCAGCAUCUUCAACAGCACCUUUGUCGCCGAGCUCAUGGCGGCCAACGAUUUGGGACAGCACACGCCCCGUAUCCCGAUGCUCGUCUACAAGGCCAUCGAUGACGAAGUGAGCGCUGUGGCAGAUUCUGACAAGUUGGUCCAGUCGUACUGUGACUCUGGGGCUUCGCUGGAGUAUAGGAGAAUUGCCUCGUCUUCACAUCUGGAUCUGUAUACAUCCGGCGCACCAAUGGCAAUAGCCUGGAUCAAGGACCGCUUCAAUGGGGUUGCAGUCCCACAAGGUUGUGUUCAGAAAUAG